AUGGUUGAUUAUGAGGAUGUGGAAAAUCUGUUGUCUGAAGAUGAGGACGAUAGAGGAUUUGAAGAUUUGCCAGAAUUGAUUCCACUUUUGCCUGAAGACAGUUUUUCAUUUGCAGAGGAUGUUUCUCGUCUUCAUGAAUUUCUGCCAGGUGACUCUCUCGGAUUUUCAGGACCGUUUCCUCAGGAACCAUGGCUUGAGCUUGGAGAACCUGAUGCAGAAGCUGCGUCUGGGUCAGGCCCAGAUUUUGAUGCAGGAGCGAGCAACUCAGGGACAAAUGAGAUUGAAGUUGACAAAUAUGACUGGAACCUAACUGUUACUUCGUUUUACGAGCAGUACAAACACGUGGACCCCUCCUUGAAAUUGCCUUGGGAGAAUUCCUCAAUGCAAGGGCUAUUUGUCGAAAGCUCGGCGCUCAGUUUUCCAAAGAUCCACGGAGUAGCUUUUGAGACACCUGAGAUUGCAGAGCAGCUGGACCCGAUACAGAGUCUUGGAGGUGAAAUAGGUGAAUGCAUUGAUGCUGCAUACCUCCAUGCUGUAAGUGAUCUAAGAGAUUUAGACUACAUUGAACAGAAGAAGUUGCAAACAGAUUUGGCGUGCUCAAAAUGGAUGGACAUCAUUGCAAUUGACUGGGAGGCUUCUUCCGUAGGAACUCAAGUCUGUCAGGACCUUCGCAGUGAUCCGUCAGGUAGAGACGCUGAGGAGACCCUCAAGGCAUCGUUUGGCACCAAGAGCCACUCAACCCUUUUGAAGAGAGCAAGUGUUCUGAAGCGGUACAUUGUUUGGCACAGAUCUUUCUAUGGAACUGCUGUUGAUGGUGUGAAUGUAUUCCCUUUGCGUGAACCUGACGUCUGGGACUUCUUCAAGUUCUUGAAGGAAUCCAGAUUGGCUGGAGGCAAGGGCUUUACUGCGCCUGCUACUUUCCUUGAGACUGUGAGGUUCUGCAAGUUCACGAUUGAUCUGGCAGGUGCCUCGGAGGUCCUCGAAUCGAAACGGUUAUUGGGUCUAGCAGCAUUAGAAAAGCGAGAGAAGGGCCCGUUGAAACAAGCUCCUGCUAUGGAAGUCGAACACAUACACCGUUUGCAUGCAGUGUUGCAGAGUGGAGCGAACAUAUACGACAGGAUUGGAGCCGGGUGCAUGCUCAUUUGCGUGUACGGCAGGGCUCGUUGGAGCGAUGUGAGGUACAUUGACCAUGUGGAGGUUGAGUCAAGGCGCAAUGGAUGCUUGGUUCUUUACACACGCGAGCACAAGACUUCCAGUAUAGGAGAUCGCUUGGAUCAGUUCCUGCCUUUGGUGGUUCCCUGGGAUGGGAUUACAAAUGACAAUUGGAUUGAGACUUUUCUGACCCUCUAUGCUCAGGCUGGAUUGGACAUACAAAAAGUCCCUUUGGGUCCUUUACUGCCGGCCCCCAAAAUUGUGGGUGGUUUUUGUGCUCGUCCUCUCACGACUCCCGAGAUGUCGAAGUGGCUGAGGCAGUUGUUGAAAGGUACAAGCAACUCUGACACUUUCAGGGCUCACUCCAUGAAGGCCACCGUGCUUGGGUGGUGCGCUCGUGCUGGGCUCGACAAAGAGGUCAGAGCUGUGCUGGGCCAUCACUGUGGAGCGGUGACAGGGUCCGAUGUUGUUUAUUCCCGAUCACUGCAGGUCAGGCCCAUCCGAAAGCUUCAGAUGCUGCUGCGCCUGAUUCGAAUUGGAAUGGGCUUUGAGGAGAUUGCGGAUCAAGGACAGGUGGCUUCGGUGACACCGGCUCCUAGGACGCCGGGACCCCAGGUUGGGGUGCAUGGAGUGCAAGCGACUACACCUGUACUCCCUCCUAGAAUGCAAACCACUGAUCCAGUUGACCAAGCUCUGGAGUCCUGCAACAUGCAAGAGGAUGCAAUCAGCGCAAAAGAGGAGCUGGAGAACGCCACUGGUUUGAUCGAAGCUGCCGAGGAACUCACAUUACUUUCAAGUGACUUGGUAGGAAGAGGCUUGAUCGAAAUUGAUAGCUCGACUGGAAGCGAUAGCAGCAGUGAUACCAGUUCUUCAAGCGUUGACACACCUUUGCAUUGUGCUGCAGGGAAAAAAGCACUUUACGAGGAAUUUGUUCCUCCAGGGCUGCAGUACUACAAGCACUCCAAGAGCCAGCGAGUGCACUGUGCGUUGGCCGAAGCUUCUCAAACUAAGUGCAAACAAAAACUGAACGCAAACUACCGCGACUUAGGGCGUGUCAUGAAUUUUAAGUUUCCGAAAUGCCUGCACUGUUUUCCAAAGGACGCCGACCGUAUUCGAACUCGGGCAGAUGCUGUCGCAGCCUUGGACUCAGCUCUUGAACGAGUCCGUGAGGCGAAGAAGAAACGUGGUUAG